AUGCCUGCAGAAUUCUAUGAUUGGGUGUCGUACGGUUCGCAAUUACAACUGCCUAUUGACAAACCUUCCACCGACCUGGCGGUUCUGAUCGCUCGUUUUGUCGAAAUCUCGUCAAUAAUCCACAACCAUGUCAUUAGUGACGGAAAACCAAAAACAGCCAAUGUCCUGCAACAACUACUGGACCUCGACUCCGACCUGGCAUCAUGGGAAGCUGGACUGGAAGGAGACUGGCUAUACGAGACCGUACAUGCUGCUCACCUUCCCCCAAAGGCGGUGUUCGAGGGCGAAUACCAUAAAUAUCACGACGUCUGGACGGCCCGCAUUUGGAACUACUACAGAUGGGCGCGAGUUCUGGUGAGCCAGAACCUGCUGGACUUGGCGAACAAAAACCCGGUCUCCAGUCUACCGCUAGUUUCAGCGGUCGCACGCGACAACUUUCUCACGAAGAUUCGAAGGCUAGCAAGAGACACGCUCGUGAGCGCGCCAACCCACUGGCGACACCCGGCUCUCGACGGGCCGACGCAGGUAACAGUCGAAAGUCCAGGUGGAGGCGGAGCCGGAUCAGCAGGACUGCCGGCGUUGCUGUUCCAUUUGAAGGUGGCGGGCUGCGCCCCUGGAGUUCCUAAGGAAUACUGGGAGUGGGCUUUGGGCGUCAUUCAGACGAUCUGGGGUGACAUGGGUAUGCUACAUGCUCGAUCCAUGAUGGAGGCUAUGCGGGCGCAUGAAGACACGGUGCUCAGGUCCGGCGCCGCAGGAAUACUGGCAGACGACUGGUGA